AUGAAGGCGAUGGAGUUGUGGAGAUCCAAGGGGGUGGAGGAGGAGGAGGAGGAGGAGGAGGAGGAGGAGGAGGAGGAGGAGGAGGAGGAGGAGGAGGAGGAGGAGGAGGAGGAGGAGGAGGAGGAGGCAGGAGGGGAGUACUCGUUCAGAAAGAGAAAAGUUGCGGAAGGAGAGAGGGAAAAGGGAGAAGGGGGGAUAGGAGAGGAGGACAAUGAGGAGAGUGAUGAUGAUAUGGAUGAUGGGGAUGAGCUCACUCCGAUCGCCACUCCUCUAUCCACUCCUCCUAUACCCUCUCCUCACAUAGGCUCUCCUCAUAUAGGCUCUCCUCCUAUACCCUCUCCUGUAGGGAACUCGUUGGGCCUUUUUCCUUCGGGCUUGCCUGUGCCUCUUCCCCUGCCGUUGAACUUGCCUCUGAGAAAGAACGGGGAGGUGGAGGAGGAGGGUGGGGAGGAGAAUGGGGAGAUGGAGAAAGAGGAGGAGGAAGAGGAGGAGGAUGAGGAGUGUGCUCCAAUCGCUACUCCUGUGGUGCUUUCCCGGUCCAAGUUCCCUCUCUCCCUGUCUCGACCAGAGUCCAGGUUCGGUGUACCUGGAAAGGACGAGAGGAGGAAGGCGGGUGGCAGGGAAAAGUCGGGCCUAGAGGGGGAAGCACGGAAAGACAGGGUGGGACGGGAAGAGGGUGUGAGGACCAGCAAAGCACAGUUUGCCAUUCCAAAGGCAAACACUGGGGGUUAUCUGGCUGCUGCUGCUGCUGCCGCUGCUAGUGGUGGUGCUGGUGGGGAUUCACGCGGUGGGGUGUCAGCAGGUGGAAUUUCAGGUGGUGGCGGCAGUGGCAAGCCCAGGCACAGGCAAUGCCAGUCGUUUUCCGACUUUGACUUUGGGUUGAUUGCAAAUGGACAGACGGGUUUUGAGGAUCAGCCAAAAGAGGUCAGGUUCAAUGUACUUGGACAGGAAGAGAGAGUGAAAAAGAGCGGUGGGGUAAAGGAAGGGCAAGAGAGGGGAGCACGGAAAGAGGGGGUGGGACGAGAAGAGGGUGUGCGGACCAGCAAAGCACGGUUUGCCAUCCCAAGGGGGAGCACUGGGGUUUCUGUGGCUGCUGCUGCUGUGGGGAGAGGAGGAGGGGAGCUUGCAAGCUUGCUGUCACCACGAGCAGUGCCGAUUGCUUCUGGGCCGGAGGGGACACAGCGGCACCCAAGUCCCCUCGAGGAGGAGGAGGAGGAGGAGGAGGAGGAGGAGGAGGGCUGUCAGCACGAGGAACAGCAGCAGCCGCAGCAGCGGAAGCAGCAGGGGCAGCAGCAGGAGGGGACACAGGCCGCGUGGUUCUCUCCCGGAGCUAGCCCUGUAGGUUCGGCCGCUCACACUCCUGCAGGUUCGGCAACUCACACUCCUGCUGCAUCUGAUGAUGAGAGUAGCCCCCGCAAGCAUCGGCCUGCUAGGCUUGGCCGGAUGGGAGAUCACCAGCAGCAGCAGCAGCAGCAGGGGCAGCAGCAGCUGCAGCAGGGGCAGCAGCAGCAGAGGCAGCAGAGGCAGCAGGGGCAGCAGCAGGGGCAGCAGCAGCUGGGGGAGCAGGUACAGGGGAAAAUAGGUGUAGCGAAUCAAAGGGUGCUGGCAUCUGGAGGGCUGGGAUCCGGAGGAGUGAGAGGUCGGGCACAGGUGGCCCGGCCGAACCUGGAGAGCGUGCAAGCAUCGUGGGUGCAUGAUGAUCCCGAGGACGAUCCUGGGUAUUCUGGUUGGGGGGCGACUCCCAAGGGAGGGAAGGCAGCAGCAACAGGCUUCUGA